AUCCUGGUACUUAGUUCCUUACUACCUUCAAGAUCGACGGCGAACCACCAACUUUUGACUCUCUCUUUCAUUCUGGUUUUUUUUCUAUUCAUCCUGUCCGAUAAUGCGCUUUGUAGGCAAUCCAAAGAUUGUCCGUCAGAUCCGUUGUUUAUUGACAGCGAUGUCCUCCAAGGUCCAUGCGAAACGGCAAAAUAGCUUCUGUGACACCCCCCGGAUAUCAUUCAUUCAUUCGCCUGCACUUGAUCUUCCGUAUCUACCAACGGAAAUAUGGCUCAUGAUUUUGCGGGAAGCCACAACUAUGAACUCAGACCCCCUCGACAUUUCCCUUGGUCUGUCAUUUCUGGAAACCCCAUGCGAAGUCGCAGAAUACCACGCCGCCAUGGAGAUCAAACGGGACCUGUCGCUUGUAAGCAAAGCGUGGAAUAGAUACAUGCAGGAGUACAUGUAUGAGUUUGUUUGGAUCAGUCGAGCUAGCCAAGCAAAAGCGCUCGCGCUCACCUUGCUCACACAAUUUAUAGAGGGCAAGCCUUCAAGCGGCCACUACAUCCGCCGAUUACACAUGGAAACACCCGUCCUUAUGCGGUGCGCCACGGAUGACAUCCGUACCAUUCUCGAUUACUCCCCACAUCUCGUCAUCUAUUCCGAUCAUCACUCAGUAAGAUGCACGCGGUAUUCAGAAUUCAUCGAUGUACGCUGUUCCCCGGAACAGAUGGUUUCUGUUCUCGCGAGUUCGAAUAGCAAACUCCGGAGACUUUCUCUCACCAACUACAGCGAUGACCCCUUCCCAAAACAUGUGUCGCCACUCCUCCGGCGCACUGCAGCUAACCUCGAAUACCUAGAACUUUCGUCGUCCAGCAUACCCCUCGUUUCUGGCCACCUCUUCGCGUCGAAAUCUCCCAUUGUUUCCCUUCCUGUACUUCAGUCCCUUAAGCUAACCCUCGAUAACACAACAUUCGCGGUACUUGCGGCAUGGGACAUGCCAAAUCUGCGAAAUGUGUCCGUAGUCUCUUCAGAUUUUGGUUACGCGGGCCCCGGAUUCGCUUAUUUCUUUGCCGCGCAUGGCAAAAAGCUACACCAGCUGGAGCUGGGACACUCUUCUUCGCUCGUCGUCGAGCACUACCUCUCGCUUCGUCCUCGCCCUGUGCAACAGAUUCCACUAGCAGACUGGUGCCCCAACCUCAAAGAGUUCAUCUGUUCUGCGGAUGCAGAGUGGAACUGGCAGAACCCAGAUUGGAUAGCGCCACACGUCCUCCUUCCUGGGCAUAAAAGCCUCGAAUUCAUUGGCAUCCGAGAUAUUGAUAAGCGCCUCAUGGAUGAUGCAUCUGCUUUCCCUGCAGACGUGGAAGAUGAAGCGCCAUUUUUCCCAUUGGUGGAGCAAAUCUCGUCGCUACUCUUCAACAAUGCCUUCCCGUCUUUACGCUACAUCCGUGACCUGAGCCGCGCAUCCCAUUCAAUGCGGGGCGGACAACGUCCGGAGACGCGAAUCUUGAAGUUUUGGGCCAAGAUUCUUGCCCGUUGCGGUGAGCGGCAGGUCUGGCUGGAGGAUUUCCGAGGCGUCAAUAUUACGUUGCGGGAUCUGAAACGGGUAGGGCUUGACCGUGUGGGAGGUGCUGGCAGCCUCGUCUAGUCCUUUAUUUCAUCUGUUUCUGCAUGCAUACCUUCAACUUCCGCUGUGUCACUGUAUACCUGCGUCACCGUCCGUCUAUCACUGUAUCAAACACUCGUACAUGCAUUCUUCAUUCACCUCAUAACCCACAUACUACAAAAUACCAUAGCACUCGUUUCUUGGUUCUCUCCUUCAAUUUUUCUAUUCACUCUACAUCCCUCUUGUCUCCGCGCUCCCAGCAUCCACGCGCGUAUACCUCGCUAUCUUUGCUUUCCAAUUCUUGGAGUUGGACACCUUUCCGUUGGACGAUUUCUCAUUUCCAUUUUCUUGGUCGAGGGUCUUUGUUGACUGUAGCAUAUCAUCGCAUCACAUCACAUUAUCAUACGCUUAUUUCCUCGUCGUUCGUUCUCUCUCGACUCAUUUUACUCAUUGGUUUUUGGAGGCAUCUUUGUGGCAUACGAUACCAUAGUAGGGUGGAAAUGACAACUUUUUUUGGAGA